AGAGGAGGAGGUUUAUUCAUAUCACAGGUGUACCUUGAAUUAAUAAAUACAGCUUACUAUAUAUAAAAUUCAGAUUCCAUUUCUAAUAUAUUUACUAUUCUUAACAUCUUUUGUACCUGUUGGCAACGGAGUAACAGCACUGACUGUAAAAGGAACUGAGAAAUCUAAUCCAUGAAUAAAUGAACUGCAGAGGACAAAAGCUCCCUGUAAGGGAUGACACCAUCUGUGUAUGUCUGCAAACACCUGAUACCGUCUGCUCAGUUGGAUUUAACAGUAAUAAGAACACUUAUUCAGUGGGGCUUGAGCAAUUGCAAACAAGUCUGAACAGAAAUGAGGAGGCUUUACUGUUUUGCACUUGGAUUUUUCCUGCUUGCAGUCAGGGCAGAAAAAGAAGAUUUCCAGGGUUUCUACGAAGAACAAACAAGAAGCACAACUGUCACAAAAGAUCUGCUUUUGAAAAAGGAAAACACAACUGGUCAUGGCACAGAAGCAUUAUCUACAGAGAAUACACUUAAACACACUACAGCGGCAGUGGCUGCAAGGGUGGUGUUUUUUGACACCAGACCAACGGCACCUUAUGAGACAACACCAAUCACAAAAGCAUUGGCUAUAAUUGCCUCACAGAGCAGAAAGCAUUUUGUUUCCAAAAAUGGGCAAAGCUCUCUCACAUCAACGAGUGACAAUCCAUCUGCUUUGAGGAUUCACACUGAAACAGAAAUCCCGGUGAUCUCCAAUUAUGAGAAGAUGGUUUUCUCUUCCACGCAAGCUGCAUUUGAAUCAGUGAUGAAUGGCACCUCUGAGCCAGAGGUCCAUUCGUCCACAGAUGCAGUAAAAGCCUCUCUUUGGCUUCACACUCAGCUGGAUAACAGGAAUCAGAGAAACACUGACUCUAUUACUCUCACAUCUGCUGACGGAGGGCCGGGAGUUCCAAUCCUAUCUGCAUCUCAUCCUCGUGUAAUUGAUAACCUGGCUGCACCGCCUAAUGACAAUGAUGACAAACGAUCUCAAGGCAAGGAUGAAAAGGGGAUUUCAAACUUGGGAAGAAAUGAGUAUCUGUUCAGUGCGACGCAAUCCAUCUUCCAAAGGGAUAGAGCAGGAGAUUCAGUGAGAGGAAACACUGUGACAAACUUGUGUUUGACAUGCCUGAAAGAUCGAAGACCGGUGUCCACUGAGAAAUCUGUGGCUCUGCCUGUACUGUCACCUGAUGGCUCUUCAGACUCUCUUAGUACAGAGGAGAUCGCUAUAGAUUUCAGUCAAUUUGCUACUUCCUUACCCAGUUUAUAUGAACAGUCAAUAGGAGAACAAGAAGAAAUACUGAACCAAGAGAUCAGUCACCAAAACAUUAGCGAGCAUUCUGGUUUCGGCAUGAGGGAACAACAAGUUUACAAUCUGACAUUUUCUCCUUCAUUCUUCAAUAAAUCUGUGAAUCAUAGUCAAAGCAUUUUGAAUAAUUCCCAAAUCAAAUCUUUUCUGUUGCAUACAGGAACAGUUGCAUUUGACACAUGGCCUCUUGCUGAGAUGUCAUCAGCAACACAAAAAGAUGCCAAGAAACAAGCGAGGCACACCUCUCCUAGUGAAACUUUAGUCACAGAGAGACUGAUUUCAAACACCACGGCACUUUAUCACUCUUUAAAGUCACUUCGCACUGUAAGGAAACCAGUAAAAAAUGGAGAACAAGAGAUCUUUGAGAAAAGGGUGAACAUCGGGGACCCCCAGUCAAAACUAAUAUAUCUCAGUAAGAAUACCAAAAAUGCUUCCCACAGUCUCUCAACAAACUUCAAGAAUGUAUUUAUCCAUACCCAACCCUCGGACGUCAGCAGUGGGUCAGUAAGCAGUACAUCUGUCAUCGCUGAAGCUCCCAACAGCAGUCAGAAAAGUGUUCUUCCAGAAGGUAGUGAUCACAGUAAUGCAUCACAUCCAACUGUUAGAACAAGGUUGAUUGAAGCUCAUAGCGCAAUAACAUCCUUCAACCUUAGUAGGCCAACAGUCAAACAUCCUGACUCUCACUCUCUGACAGAGAAAGCUCAUUCUUUGAUCUCUGUAUUGAGGAUCCAAACGCCAGCUAAACCAAGCUCUCAGACCAAAGAACCCAUAUUGACUUUGUUACUAACGGAUUCUGCCAUCAAGUUUGCAUCUGUAACCACAAAGAGACACCUGACAGAUACGCAGGAUUCUCACAUAUUUAACACUGUAAACAGCAUUGUUAAACAGACUUUUGUUGAUCCUUCAGGGCCAGAGAAUAAAAAACCAAAAACUCCAACCUCUACAACAGAAGAAGUUGUUGUGCCUCUGAAGUUGUUUCUUUCAGAAUCAAGACAGGACUUUGAUGAUGAUGCGUCCAAGUUUACUCUAACAACACCAUCAAGCCAGUCAUUCUCCAAGAGACUGACAAUAGGCAGACUUUUUGGAGGUCAAUCUAAAAUCACUCAGGAGAGGGGUUUUGAUGUUAGCAAUCAGUCUGUGGAAUCGACACACCAAUCUUUUGUAAAAUAUAACAGGGAUUUAAUCAGAGAGUCACUAAUAGUACACAAUCUGAAGCCAGGAGAUAAAAAUGAGCAGGUGUUGACUGUAGUUGCAGAAGAUGAGGACAAAGAGAUUAUGAAGAUAGAGGGCAAGCAGGGUGAAGAAAUUAAAGAGUCAAAAGAGAUACUAAAGUUGCAGGAAGAAGAGGAUGACAGGGAAGAUGAAAAGUUUGGGAACAAAAAAGAAGAAUUAUUUAGAUCAGAUAAAAUCGAAAGCAGGAAACAAGAAAAUAUAAUUCAUUGUGGAGAAAAGAUAAAUCAAAAUAAGGAAGAGGAUAAAAUGGAAGAGCAUGAGGCCAAGACAAGUAGAAGGGAAGGUGGAGGGCUAACUGGUGAGGAGGAUGUAACUUUGAGACAAAACAAAGAUCUGAGGGAAGGGGAAGGAUGGGACGAAGAAGGUGUAGGUGAAAAGCAGAGAAUGUCUUUGACAAAAGAAGGAGCAGAGGCUAGAAGAGAGCAAACAGCAAGCAGAGAAGACCUUAAACAUAACAGGGAAAUUGGGACAGAGGACAUGACAAAUGUUCCCCUUGGGCCAACUACUAAUUCUAAAGAACUUAACAGAGACAAAGGGCAUACUGUUACAAACCUGUCUUCCUGCCACAGUUUGAUUAAACAGUUGGGAGCCACUGAGCGCAAGGGCGUUUACCUGGGUGAAAAUAUAGCACAAAUUGCGGAAAUGAAAAAUAAGCCAUUUUCCUACAAAGUGACAACCAAUCACAGACCGCUACACUCAACUCUGAUAUCUCAGAACCCGAAACUACCAAGAAUGACAUAUUUUCCCAAAGAGACACACACACAGAUUCAACCUCAUCAGUCAACCCAUGGGGCUAUGCGUACAAAGCAUGGAGGUACGUCUUCACUUACUAAAGAAAGUACCCAGAACAAAGUUGUUGAGACUACAUUUUCUGUGACUGCCACACAAAAAAUUGACCCAAAACUCUAUCAAACAUUCGGAGUUAGCACUUCAAAAUUUAGUGAUGCAUUCAAGCCGACAAUAUCCCCGCGCAGCACUGCGACUAAAUCAGCACACCCUGUACUAAACAGUAUCAGUAACAUGUUGUCACUUACCACCCCACAAUUGGCAAUCACAGCUGGGUUCCUGCGAGCUCAGUCCCACUUUACAGUAAACAGUUCUACUCUCAGUGCAUCAAUUAUUUACAGCACCUCAGAUCAUAGGCAUAAAUUCAGUACUUCAGUUUUGAAGGCAAAUUCAUUUUCACUCACUACGAAUGAGAGAGAGAAAGCAGAACACAUUAUACCAGCACAUAUAUUUGAAUACAAUGUCAAGGACCCUUUAACCUCUAACAAGAUUGAAGAGGUGAAUAUAUCUACUUCAGUGAAUCCUGCUCUGCCACUGCAGAUGUAUAAUGACUCAUCUACCAGGCCACCCACAACAGCAGCCUUGUCAUUUGAGGCCAACAUCUCAAUUGGCCAGUUGCAGCCUCACCAAGGGAAAUCUGCCCCUCAGAUAAGCCAGUCCUCCUCCUCAUCCUUUGACAUGACUUCAGGCCAGCCAUGCUCAUUUAAACUGUCAGAGCAGACAGCCCAUUCAGAUGCUUUGCAUGUUCCUGUUGACGAUAACGAGCAGAGAUCUGUACAGACCCUAAUGGCAUCAAUGAGCCCUAAAGCAAAAAGCGAUCAAUUUCCUCUCAGCAGCAUGUCACCACAGCUAAAUCUCGUGCCGUUUGGAGGUGACAGUUUACCUGGCAUCUACAGCCUGACAGGGCUAACAAGAUCAGCCUCAGAAAAAGAAAUACUGGGGGCCAACUCUGGCACUGAAUAUGCAAAUAGUGGAAGAGGCCAUGCUGAGUCCUCGUUAGGGACUGCUGAUGAGACAAAUCAAACUGAGGAGAAUGACAGUCUGCAAAAUAUAGUGACCUUGGCAGUAAAAGAUUCAGAUGCAGUGACAAAGCAAAUGGCAGAGAACAGAGAUGAAGAGAGCAGUUCUUCUCCCAUAGCACAAGCAACUGGCAAGAGUAAACACCAUGGCAGUAACACUGAUGAAUUUAACUCUUUGUCUAUAAUACAGACUGAGAAUCAAGCUGUAAAAAACACAAAUGAGAACAACCACAAUGAUCUGUUCAAUGUAGAUGGCAGUGAUGAAGCAAACAACACAGUAAAAACUACCCUUGAGAAUAAUCUCUCCCAGGUAGAAGGUUAUAAUGAAACAGGUGCUAAACCUGUGAUGUUUGCAAUUCAGGCCACCCACAAGAUUGAGCAGGCAAUAAAUAAGGAUUUUGUGCCUGUUACAAAUGACUUUGCUAUACCUGCGCUUGACACAAAUGAUCGAACUGGCACCACUGUAUUUGUUGAGUCAGAUCGUCUGCCCGAAAUACCCCAAUUGCAGGCUAAUGAUGUGACUAAGAAUGCUAUUUCUGAUAUGGAGCACCAUACAGCAAAAACAACCAAAAAGCAACAUGAUCUCUCUGCACCACAAGGCACUGUGGGUGACAACACUCUCCCUGAGCAACACAUUAAUUUCAGAAGUGACCUUAAGGCCCCCAAUAUAUCCACACCACAGAUUGCUGACCGGAUAAUGAAUGUUACCUCUGAUUUUCAGAUAACCACUACAACUGCUAGUACAGGCAGUUUUAUUGUGUCCACAAAAGCUCAUGAAUCAGCACUGACCACUAGUGAGAAUGUGCAAGUUGUUAUUGAAAAGUCAUCUCAGGCUGCAUAUGCUGAGCAUAUGGUACAGUCCAAUAGUCAUAUUGAGCCUUUGUCACUGAGAGAGCCUCCCACAACUCCCACUACUGGCAAACUCCCCCCUGCUGUGAAAAGAAAGAAUGCAACAGAAACAAGUGUAGAGGAGCCCAAGCAUGAAAUUUCUGUACAGCCUAUUGAACAAAGCCAGCACACCCCACCUGGUAUGAUCGCAAUAACAAGUCCUAUCAAUGACCCUGAGCAGGGUGUUCAGACAGGUUUGUUAAAUACUGCCAACCUGGCUGGAGGGUCACGUGACACUACACCUACCAUUAUAGUGGAAUAUUCAUCAUUUAAAGACAUCAAAACAACUCCGACAACAAUUGCUUUUGAAGCCAAAAAUCCUCUACAGGAGAGGACUCCAACAGUGCAUACACUAGACAGAGCAGACAAACAUAAGAAUCAUGCAUUAUCUGAAAAGACCUCAGGUCAGGAGAUACUUGGAGCUGUGACUGAUUCUGUACCGCCUACAGGGAUCUCGCCUCCAGAGAUUAUUAAUAAAACCAGCUGUAGGACAAUUGGCUGUGCUAAGUCAGGCGAGACUACUGAAACAACAAUUGAAGCAGGUGAGAUUGAUCAUACCGCUUCAGAGAAAAUGUAUAAAACACAGGCUGGAAACAUGGGAAAAGAGCUUUUUAAUACAGCACUCACUGCUGGCACAAAACCAGAAAAUGGCAACUGUAGCACUGACUGUCCUCUACCUGGAAAAGCAACACCACAGGCCACAAACCUCGACUAUGCAGUGCUUUCAUUACCCAUAAGUAAAUCUUAUCAUGACUAUGCCACUGUUGAUGAGACUCCAACAACAAAUGCCAAGAGUAUGACCUAUGAAACUUCAACAAAAACAUGGAGAGUACUUGUUGAAACUGAUCAUUUGGAGAGACGUGGGACACUUGAGCAGGAUCAGUUUGUAGAGAAAACAACACAUUCUCUCAGAGAGACCUAUGAAGCUCAGGAGGCUAUUGCAGCAGAGGUCACUUUUUCUGAACCUGAAGCAACUACUGCGCAGACCCCUGAGCGGACACUGCUCACUGAAAAAAACAAAAAAACACAAUUAAAUAGAGAGGCAGCCAAAGCUGAGAUAUUUGAGGUGCAAAAUGCCACCAGGUCAACGCAUGCUAUGUCUAAAGGAGAGACAGCAGUACAAGAGUCUGGGCGCAGGCUGUUACUGCCAGAGCCAGAGUCUGAAUCAGAGCUGCCAACACUGAAACACAGAAGAAGGACCUCACCUCAUCUGUAUCUCUCUGGUGUAACAGAAGUUUCAGAUGACCUGUGUGGCAGUGGGAACUACACUGCAGAGAUGAGUCUGAACCUGGGGAGAGGCAUAGAGCCUGGUGAUGCUGUGCCUGCCAUGGGGAACCUCAGAGUGGUUAUCAACCUGAAGACAAACAACAGUCAGAUAAACCUGGAGGUCACCUCCUGUUGCCUGUCCCCUACCAUCCAGCCUGACCUCACCAACUCCACCUGCUGCCUUUUCUCCAGGUUAGCAGCAGAGCCAGCAGGGAUCACACUGCUGCCCAGUGCCCUGUCAACCAGUGCCAGCUUCACCAUCAGUCUCUUCCAAAUGAUUAAUUACUCAGUAGUGUACCUACACUGUGAUCUCAGUGUCUGCCUGAGGAACCGCUCUGACUGUGAAAGGCAGUGCCUUCAGCAGAGGAGUGCGUUUCCUUUAGAGGGUCCAGAGGCCAUUGUCACCAAUCUCAGAAAUCGCAUAUCCUUUGGUCCCAUGUUGAAAGAAGUGAAGAAUUCUACCUUCCCAGAGGAGAUAGACCCAUCAGAACUGGAUCUGGUUUUGGUUAUGGUGAGCCUGGUGGUUGGCUCCUCUCUUGUCACAGUGACGCUGCUGCUGGUGUGGCUGGCCUACCGUCGCCGGGCAAUCUGGCUGCUCCACUCAGCAGCUCCACCACGAGCCUGCUGUGGCUGUCUGCGCCCAGGAGGUGACUUGAUCCUACCGUGAUCAAGGAGGACCCACUGCCAAUUACACUGAUCACGUCCUCACCAAAAUAGCUGCCGACAAUUACAUUAGUCAACAGACAGUGGAGCAGUCAAUCAUAUUAACCAUAGCGCAGAGACGGCCAGUCGUAUCAGCCGGUAUAGGCCAGACUAGACAAUGAGGAGCAAUCCAAUUCACACCUCCUCUCAUAGGUGACACAGCUGUUGCAGUCGAAUUUCACACUUAAACCAUGAGCAGUCUAUUAUCAUUCACUGAAAAUAAACACCAUCCCCAAAUACAAAAGCUCAGCUGAUCCCUUUAUUUUCCUUUAGUGGCAACAAAUCAAUUCUCUUUGUACCCCACUUUAAGAUUGAUAGCUCAUUAAUAUACUGGUUUAAUAUAAUGUAUGCAUUCAUGGCUUGACUUGUUAUAUUGAGCCCCUGUGAUAGACUGUUUAGGGAAAAUGUGUCUCUUUGGGUAAGAAUGAUUCAAGCAAAUGUAUUGCUGCAAGAAAACAUGAAGAACCCUUUGCAAUGUUGGUUUUUCUUUUUAAAUGUACAAUCAAAAUGACUCAUUAUAUUCUAUCAAUAUUUUGUAAUAUUUUAAA